AUGCUUUCUGCGAACCCAUUUAGCCUGAAGCAGCAGCUCGCGUUCUACGGCGCGUACCACACGAACAAAGUGAAUGUCGGCAUCCACAUGGUGUGCGUGCCGCUGAUUUGGAUGGCUAGCUUGGCCAUGGUGCUUUCGACGGACUCGUCGCUUGCGACACUCGCAAGCAAGCUGCCCGAUUCGCUCUCGGUCCCUGCGACCAAGGCGCUGGUGCAGCUUGCGGCGGCUCUGCCGUCGUGGGCGGCGCCGCACCUCAACUUGGCUGCGGUGUCUGCGCUUAGCUACCUGCUGUACUACUUUAUCCUUGACCCGAUCUCCGCCACACUGAUUACGCCGCUGUGGUUUGCAUACUACCGCAUCAGCUGGUACAUUGCGCACGACGUGGAGGGUGGUUUCCGCCUCGCGCUCAUCUGCUUCACUGUGAGCUGGAUCCUCCAGUUCUACGGCCACGGCGUUCACGAGGGUCGUGCGCCUGCGCUGCUGGACAACCUGCUGGGCGCCGUUGUGCUGGCCCCACUGUUUGUCUUUAUCGAGACGCUCUUCCUCUUUGGCUACCGCCCGGAGCUCCAGAAGUGGCUUAAGAACGAGACCGCGCGUCUGAUUGUCAAGUUCCGUGCGGAGAACCCUUCGAAGCGCGCGUAA